ACAAUAUAUAUAUACAUCAGAUCCACUCAUUGUCUCCACCCUUGGAAAAUCAGUAGCUGUGUAGUGAAGAAAAAAUGGGUGAUGAUGGAAGAGAAGAGAAUGAGAAGAAAAGAAAGGUUGGAGGACUCAAAACAAUGCCUUUCAUCUUGGCCAAUGACUUUUGUGAUAGAUUCGCUACAACUGGUUUCAAUGCAAACAUGAUAACGUACUUGACUGAGCAGCUACACAUGCCUCUCGUCCAAGCCUCCAACACCCUUACAAACUUUGGCGGCACAGCAUGCUUGACACCGGUAAUAGGUGGUUUGAUUGCUGAUUCUUUCGCGGGUCGGUUUUGGACCAUAACCAUUGGUUCUCUUUUCUAUCAGCUGGGAAUGAUCAGUCUCACAUUAUCGGCGGUCCUUCCGGCACUACGGCCGAAGGCGUGCAAGCCCACCGAAACUUGUGAAAAACCAUCCCCAUUGCACCUGUGGAUCCUAUACAUCUCGCUCUUUCUUACAGCCAUUGGAUCCGGUGGGCUCCGGCCGUGCGUGGUUGCUUUCGGGGCGGACCAAUUUGAGAUGGGCCACUCCAAAAAGAGCAACCAAAGUGGAAAAUACUUCAAUUGGUACUAUUUUUGUAUGGGGUUAGCCGCAUUGACAGCCCUAACUGUGGUGGUCUACAUUCAAGACAAUGUGGGCUGGGGUUGGGGUCUAGGCCUGCCAGCCAUGGCCAUGGGCCUCUCUGUGGUGGUCUUUGUAAUCGGGUACCCGCUCUAUCGGAUUUUGAAACCCGCUGGCAGCCCAUUUACCAGACUGGUCCAGGUGAUCGUGGCCGCAAUCAGGAAAAAGAACGCGAUCAGACCGUCGGAUCCGAACCUUUUGUAUCAAAGUAGAGAGCUUGAUGAUGCUAUUUGCUACACUGGGAGGCUUGUUCAUACGGAUCAGUUGAAGUUCUUUGAUCGAGCUGCCAUAGUAACUCAAGAUGACAAUCUACAAUCUGGCCCACCAAACCUUUGGAGAAUCUCAACCGUCCAUCGAGUCGAGGAACUAAAAUCCAUCAUCCGUAUGUUACCGAUAUGGUCGACCGGAAUCCUACUCGUCACCGCCUCAUCUCACCAAAACUCCUUCGCCAUCCAACAAGCCAAGACCAUGAACCGCCACCUCUCUCCCACCUUCCAAAUCCCCGCCGCCACCAUGUCGAUCUUCAACGUCCUUACAGUGCUCAUCGGAAUCGUCAUUUACGACCGCCUCUUCGUUCCGAUCAUCCGCCGCUUCACCGGCAACCCUUCUGGAAUCACAUACCUACAACGGAUGGGAAUCGGACUCGCCGUCGCCGUAAUCUCAACGGCCGUCUCAGCUCUUGUAGAGAUCAAACGGAAGAAAGUAGCCGUUGAUCAUGGCCUGAUCGACGAUCCACAUGCACAGAUCCCUAUAAGUGUGUUUUGGCUCAUUCCUCAGUAUAGCCUUCAUGGAGUGGCUGAUACGUUCAUGACAGUGGGCCAUCUUGAAUUUCUCUACGAUCAGGCGCCUGAGAGUAUGAGGAGUACGGCUUCUGCGCUUUUCUGGUUGGCGAUCUCAGCUGGAAAUUAUUUAAAUACUCUGGUGGUUGCAUUGAUACACAGGUAUUCAGGUAAGAAGGAGAAUUGGUUACCAGAUACGAAUCUCAACGAAGGGAGGUUGGAAAACUACUAUUGGUUUGUGACCGUAUUGCAAGUGGUCAACCUCGUAUAUUAUAUUGUAUGUGCUUGGUUUUAUACGUAUAAGCCGUUGGUGACGGUGGACCCAGAUGACCCACCUGAGGGAACGGUUGAUAAUGGACAAGUGGAGCUUGUGGGUAAUGGCACUUGUAAGGAUGUGGUUGGUUGUCAUGUGGAUGGUGGUGAAGGGAAGGGGAAUGGAGAUGUGGGCGUGGAGGUUGUUUAGUGUGACACGUGUAAGGAUGAUAUUGGUCUGAUUGUAGUCAAUGGGGUAGGUUAAUUCAGUGUCCACUUAGGAGUUGACACGUAUAAGUAUUGGAGAAAAACUGUGUAAAUACGAUUAGAAAUUUGCAAGCAAGGAGAGGGCAUUCUAGUGAGUGGGCCCCAAAUGAAUAAAUUCAAAUCUAACGUUGAAAUUGGCUGAGGUGGGCCACACCAAAGAAACAGUUGGGAGAGAGACAUCCAUCCUUUUUAUAGGGUCUACCAUGAUGAUUACAUGAAAUCCACUCCAACCAUUAGAUGCCAUAUUAAAAUUUACACCUGGGUUUCAAACAUUAUAUCUAUUCAUGAUUCAGGUGGGCCACGUUAAGGGAAAAGGUUUGGAGGGUGAGGAUUGACCUGUACCUUUGUUCAGCAAUCUAUCCAUCUUGAAUACAAAGCUUGGUUUCAUUUCUCUUAGA